GUUGCUGGUAAUGAAAAAUUUCUAGCUGGCAACUCCCUUUUCGCACAAGUGUCGCCUGGCGUGAACACGCGGAUUUUACUUCGUGGAUUUUUCAAUUGUUAAAUAAGCUGCCGAUAUGACGAAGAAGCGCCGUAAUGGAGGACGCAACAAGCACAAUCGCGGCCAUGUGAAGCCCGUGCGCUGCACCAACUGUGCCCGUUGCGUGCCCAAGGAUAAGGCGAUCAAGAAGUUUGUUAUCCGCAACAUUGUUGAGGCUGCCGCUGUGCGCGAUAUCAGCGAGGCCAGCAUCUGGGACACUUAUGUGCUGCCCAAACUCUAUGCGAAGCUCCACUACUGCGUCUCUUGCGCUAUCCACUCCAAGGUGGUGCGCAAUCGUUCCCGUGAGGCACGUCGCAUUCGUACGCCGCCAGUGCGUUCCUUCCCCAAGGACAUGGCGCGCAACAACCAGAAUAGGAAGUAAAUUGAUUAAAAGAGGCGGCUUGCUUAUAAAUAAACAGCAACAAUCCACACACACACUAUUGUAAACGCUAGCUACGAUUCUUGGAUAAAUGGCACGUCUCGGAUAUUGUGCGGCGUGGCCAAAUAUAAGCAUUCGGUUUUUUUUAAA